AUGGCCUCCAUUUUACCGCGGGUCAGUCGCGAUGUCCGGAGUUCCAGACUCGCCGCGAAAUUGCACGGGCGGAGCGCCUGUCCCUCAAUCGCUGACCCGUGAACCUCUUGAUUCGUACAGCUCACUACGCACCUUGCCAUUGCUGGCGGAACCUCUUCUUUCUUGCUCCAGAGGCAAACCAUACAUGCCGAAGACAAGGAUGCUGAGCUCGCACCCGCAGCCACCUCUCGCCGAGCCACUGUAAGUCGACUGACGGUGUAUGGCGAUCCUUAAGGUGUCCACGUCCGUAUCACAAUAUGGCAAAUGACGUUCGAUCCGACUCGGUCAUUGCUCCACAGCAGAUGGCGAUCUACGACAAGGUUCCCGUGCCCCCCACACUACUGCCAGCACAUAUGCCCCUGCAAGACGAAGUAGCUCAGGCACGCCGAUGGUUGCAGACAUCCUAUGCUCAACUCCACGCCCAGGUUCGCAAGGGAGCUCGUACUUGGAUCAAAUGGGAGGGAAAAGGCGAGGGUCAGUUCCAUCAAAGUUUGCAGCUACCCGCGUCGGGCCGACCUGGAGCUCACGCGUAACAUCGACGCCGACUGUUGGGCAGCGCAAAUGAAGUCGAUGAUUGCUCCGGACGAGACGCUUGUGCCGGGGGGACUAUAGUAUGUGCCGCAUCCUGUCCUCUGUCAACGUCAUUCACGAAUAGUCUCUACAGGACUUACAUAUCGAUCCCUGUCCCGCUCGGAUGACAGCAUCACCAUCGCAACACUGACUGGGUCGAUCCUCGCACGCAAUCGUGGGUCAUACCAGAGAAUUGAUUGAUCAGGCUUCCCCGCAGCGCUCAUCACUCCGUGUAUCUUGCUGAUAUGUUGCAGGUAGCCUCAUGUUACGAUUAGCUCUCCCUGGCAUGCUUUUCGGUGGGGGGCUGGCGUACUUUCUUCCUAAGACCGCCGCCGAGAUCAGUGCUCAGCUGCAAGUUGUUCAGCAAAGACGUGCCCCCGCCCUCUCACAUCCACUGCUUACGAUUAUGGGCAAAGGUCAGAGCCAUUCAUAG